AGCCGGGCCAUAAAGACGAAUCCCGAUGUGCUGCCAACGACGCCUCUCUCCCAGCUGCUGUGGGACGACUUCUGGGGGACUCCCCUCACCCACAGCGGCUCCCACAAGUCCUACCGUCCCCUCACCGUCCUCUCCUUCAGGCUCAAUUAUAUGGUGUCGGAGUUCCAUCCACUCUCGUAUCACGUGACCAAUGUCGCGUUGCACGUCGCUGCCACGGGACUCUUCGCGGUGUUGGCGCGCACGCUCACGCCCCACGCGCGCCUGGCCCACACGGCUGCACCCCUGCUCUUCGCGGCCCACCCCAUCCAUACGGAGGCCGUGGCGGGGGUGGUGGGCCGCGCUGACGUCGGCGCAGCCAUUUUCUUCCUAGGGGCACUGCUCUCCUACAUGCGCUACUGCGGGUGUGCGCGCGUCAACGGCGUGGGCGGCGGGCGGGCGGUGGGGCGGCGGGCGUGGCUGGGGGCGGCGCUGGUGUCUGCCACCCUCUCCAUGUUGACGAAAGAACACGGCAUCACCGCCCUGGCCGUCUGCGGCGUCUAUCAUGUGUUUGUGCACGCCAAGCUUAGGCCCAGGGACCUCUUCUCCGUCAUCAGCGAGCGGCGGCAUCGCGGGGUGAUGGAGGGUCUGGUGGCCCUGGGGGCGGCCCUGGUCGUCCUCCUCGCCUGCCGCCUCGCCGUCAUGGGCUCCCAGCCGCCGGAGUUCGCCCCGGCAGACAACCCGGCGGCGGACUGCGAGUCUCCGGGGGUGAGGGCGCUCACUUUCUUCUUCCUGCCGGCGUUCAACACGUGGCUGCUGCUGUGUCCCUACACGCUGUCCUUCGACUGGUCCAUGGAGGCCAUCCCGCUGGUGACGUCCCUGGCGGACCCCAGGAACCUGGCUUCCAUGGCCCUCUACGCUUCCCUGGGCCUCAUGGCGCUGGCCUCGCUAGUGGCCCUCCGGCGGCGACGGCCCGGCGACGAGACCGGCGGCGGCGGCGAGUCUGCCACCUCCGGCGACGUCACCAUCAUGGGCCUCGCCCUCAUCCUCCUGCCGUUCCUCCCAGCUACUAAUCUCUUCUUCUACGUGGGCUUCGUAGUGGCGGAGCGCAUCCUCUACAUCCCGUCCAUGGGCGUGUGUCUCAUGGUGUCCUGGGGGGCGCACCUUCUGCACGCGCGUGCACGCACCGCCCGCGCCCGCCGGCUCCUGCAGGCGGCGCUGGUGGUGCUGUUCCUGCUGUUCUCGGCCCGCACGUGGACCAGGAACCACGACUGGGCCACCGAGGAGAACCUCUACCGCUCCGGCAUCGCCAUCAAUCCUCCUAAGGCGUAUGGCAACCUCGCCAACAUCUUGAGCUCUCAGGGCAAGAAGGAGGAGGCGGAGUGGGCCUACAAGAAGGCCCUCUCCUACCGUUCCAAUAUGGCCGACGUCCACUAUAAUUUAGGUAUACUAUUUCAAGAACAGAAGAGAUAUGAAGAGGCGUUGCAGGAAUACAAGCUUGCAAUACAAUUCCGGCCGAGGAUGGCAAUGGCGCACCUCAACAUGGGCCUGGUGUUGGGUUUGAUGGGUCAGCGGACGGAAGCGGCGGAGGUGUACCGUCACUGCUCUCAGCUCGAUGGGUCCGGCCUCAAGGAUCCCAGGACCCACGAGUCGACCAAAAUAUCGGCCCUCUUCAACUUGGGGCGCCUUUACGCCGAUGACGGCCACUUCGACAGGGCCAUCAGCGUCUACCAGGAGGCCGUUGAGAGGAUGCCGUCCCACUACCAACCGCAGAGCCUGUACAACAUGCUCGGGGAGGCGUUCUUCAAGCUGGAGAAGUUCGAGGAAGCCGAACGAUGGUACCUGGAGGCACUCAGGGUCAAGUCCGAUCACGUCCCAGCCCACCUCACCUACGGCAAGCUCCUGGCGCGGAUGCAACGUCUUGGGGAAGCCGAGGAGUGGUUCCAACGGGCGAAGUCCCUUGCUCCUAACGACUCAACCGUCCAUCAGCAUUUCGGUCAGUUCCUGUCGGAGGUGGAGAGGCACGAGGACGCCGCCGACCACUACGUCAAGGCCGCCCAGCUGGCGCCCUCCGAGUACGAGAUUAUCUUCAACGCCGCCAACACACUCCGCCAGGCGGGCAGGAACAGGCAGGCUGAGGAGUACUACCGUCUGGCUGUCAACCUCAGACCUCAGGAGGCCACUUCACAUAUGAACCUGGGGGCGAUGCUGCACGUCAACGGCAAGCUGCUGGAGGCGGAGUCCAGCUACCUGGAGGCGUUGCGUCUCAAGCCCGACGACUCCAUUACCAGGACAAACCUGCAGAAGCUCAGGCACCUGCUUGCCAAGAAGGGCAUCAGUCCUUCAAGAUAACCCGUAGCCGUCCUCUACAGUCUGUAGCAUUGGGAAGGAGGGGUGAAUGGAAGAAGGACCGUCGCGUGGGAGUGUGUGAUCCCAAGGCCGCGCCCACAGACAAUUAUCCGUGCCUUGUGAAUUUUCUUGCGCCAGCUUUCAGAAGCAGGACGCAUUCUUUAAUCCUUCACGUCCCCCUCCCCCUCAAACCCAGCAAGUGCCUGCAGAGUGUGUGUGUGUGUGUGUGGGCGGGUCGGAGGGCCGCCGAAGGGCCGUCGAAGGGCCGCCAGAGGGCCGCUUACUCCACCAUGAGAGACAACCACCACAAAGCUCUCUCACACACACACACACACAAACAAACAAUGCUCAAGUUGGUCCACGUCGUCGAGCCGUCGUGCAGGCGAGGCGCCGCAGUGACCUAGUGAGAAGACAAGCAGUUAUGAGCCGGGGCGGGAGGCUCACCUAGGCUCAUUCUCUUACUCACUACAUAACGAGAAUGAGCCUUAGUGAGACACUCACUCUGGAUCAUAACUGCUCAUCUAGUCACAAGCUUACACAAAUAGCAGCGAUACCCAGGUUCACGAAGUGAUAGUGCAGCAGACUGAGGUUCGUAAUUCUUCUGUGGCGUUGAGGUUCAAGCUGGUCCUAGCAUCCUGGGAGCAGUAGUUCAGCUUGAGUGCUCUCUGCUUGACCUCAGUCAAUAUUUGUACACUGGAGAUUGAAUUGUUGGAAAGUGUUAUUUGCUAUCUAUACAAGUUUCAUGUAUAAAAAAAAGAAGUAUGUUUGGAAAGGAAUCCACUUGUAUGUGUGACGACCAAAAUUUAUUUUAAGUAAAGCCAUUAAUGUAUGAACGACAAAAACAAUAGAAUUUCCUAUUUGAACUACGGCUGUGUUGCCUGAGCGUCGUCAGUCCCUGCGGCUGGCGCCUUGGGUGAAGCGUCUCCCCUGUGAACCUAAACAUCGUCUUCAAGACGUAAUACACAUCAUCCAGCUUGUAGUAUAAUUAUUUUAAAUAUUGUUUUUAUAAUAUAUAGACUCCAGAAGAUGUUUUCUCAGAUCACAUCUGUUAGCAUACAGAUUAUAUUACGGAACGUUAAAAUUAGCAGAGUGCCAAAUGCAACAUAUUAGAUCCCAACUUAGUGCCAACAUUAGCCGUUCCCAGGCCUUGCAUUUUAUAUUGGUUCCUUAAGUUGUCUCAACUUUUAGUCUCCAUAAUUACAGUCGUAAGUCCCCCAGCAAUGAGUCCUACCACUUCAAUGAUGUAAAACCAAGCUUUUUUUCAGGUGUACAGUCACAGUCUUAGAAAAACUUAAGUCUCAAAUUCCCAACGAGCUCGUCAACUUAGUUUCAUUCUCUUUUACAGGGUAACUGCAGCUCCACAUUCUCCUCCUAUGAGUCAUUCUGAUGAUAUGAUUAUCGUCAGUGUUUGUUAUAUAUGAAUCGUAUCCAUCAGUCAUAUUCAUGCUUCUGUAUGAUUUAGACAGUAUUUAUCGGUAAUAACCUUCGCUUAGAAAAUGAUUAGCUAAGUUUGUUGUUGUGAUGGCCAAUCGAAUCCACUAUGUUCCUCAAUAAAUACAUAUAUAUAUAUGUAUAUAUAUAUAUAUAUAUAUAUAUAUAUAUAUAUAUAUAUAUAUAUAUAUAUAUAUAUAUAUAUAUAUAUAUAUACCUGUGAACUCAUAAGUCUUUCUUCCGAGAAAUCUGACUGCGCGUGCGCAAACACACACACACAAAUAUACAAACACAUAGACACACACACAGACACACACACACACACACAAACACAAAUACCAAAAUACUCGAUGGUAAAGGAGGAAACAUCCACUAUUAACCUCAGCAAAUCAAGAGGGUAUUGUUGGAAGCUGUAGAACAAGAUGAGGCAUAGAGAUGUGAUAAAAUAGUUAUCUUAAGAGUAGUUGGAAAAUUUAACUUGACCAUGCAGGCACAAAUAGGUGAGUAUACACACAUAUGCACACGCACACACACACACACACACACACACACACACACACACACACACACACACACACACACACACACACACACACACUCACACACAUACACACACGAACACAAACACAUAUACGUGUAAGUAUUGCUCCGUCUUCUCCUUGUUCUUAUCUGAGAUUUUAGUUAGUGAUUUGUUCAAUAUAUUUAUUCCCUUGUAAUGAAAGACGGUGUUUAAGGGUGUGGGAUCUCAGCUGGUGGACGCGAAGAGGCUCACAGAGCCGCCCGUUACACAUCCUUUACAUUCCCCCUUCACUUAUUUCGUGCUGCCCUUCACGUAUUUCGCGUUGCGCUUCACGUAUUUCGCGUUGCGCUUUGACAGGCAGCACUUGCGACUGCUACUUUACCGUGUCCUCCCAACCACUUAAAAAGGUCUUCCACGUCGUUCCGGAAAUUGAAUUGAAAGUUAGACUGUGAUUGUUGUUGUACUUUUUAUAAGAUUUUAUAAUAGUGGAUUUUUGUAGGUAAUUCGACUGUCAAAUUAGAGCCGAAUACUUUUCGGCUGUUCGUUAAGGAUGAGGACAGGUUCGUGCAUGAGGUUCCGCUUGUCAGUGGUCCGGGAUGUGCAGUCAGGCAGUUUCUGAACCGAUUCAGAUGCGCGGAUGUCCUUUCGUCUUUGCUCCCUUCUCCAUCUCCUGCCGGCACAUCUUAGCCCCCAUUUUCUUACCCUGUCUCUUGCUCCCCGUCUCUUAUUCUUCUGCUCACCACCCCCCUUCCCAUUUCUAUUAUUAACUCUUCUGCUGUUCCUGUCUCUUCCACUUUUCUAUCCUGUCCCCCCUCCUAUUUCCCUUCUCUCUCCUCAUUAUCGUAUUUUCCUCCUACUCUUCAGAUCGUGAUGAGUAUUAUUGUAGCCAACUAUAAACUGUGAUCAUAUAUAGACAGGCCCGGACGCCUCAGCCUACAUUAUAGAGGCAAACUACGGUUGUAAUUAUGUAAAAAAAAAUGAAAAAUAAUAAUAAUUAGGACUCUGGCGAGGACUGUGACGGAGGUAUAAGGCUUCCCUCUCAAAAAAAAAGGGCAGUUGGAACAGACCUCUCCCCCCCCCUUUCCCUUCUGACCCCCUCUCCCCUUCCCUUUGCCCCUUCCACCCGUCUGACAGCCUCGAGGUCAUAGGGAUCUCCGUUACUAUGUAAUAGCCAAACCGGAUGAUGAUAUCCCCUCCCCCACCUUAGGCCAAUCCUCGUCAGUGUUGCCAUUAGCUCAGCGCCAAGCGCAGCAUCCUCGGGGUGGGAGGGGGCGUUCCGGGUCAUUUUUAACUGGCCAUAGUGCCGAGUCUGCUGUCCUGACUCCAUUUGUGUCUGCUUCAACUCGGUUUCAAAUAUUUAAUUAGAAGUAAAGGUCUACUACGUUUUGUAUGACAAUUGAAUAAUAAGAUGAUGUAAUAUGAUGGAUAAUAAGAUAUUUUCGAUGUUUAAGAAUGUUUAAGGUAGCUAACAAGCACCAAUACUCAGGACAACUGGCUCUGGCACGUGGCCUUUAGUAGUCUUGGUAAAACAAAAAAAAAACUUAAAAAACAGCAUUCAGUUAUAAACAGCAUAAAGGAUAUUUUGUUUUAAGCAGCAUUUUAGAAAACUAAAAACAUUAUUUUAAAGACAAAAACAAAACAAAACAAAAAAAAACAAAAUAGAACAUAAUUUUUUUUAGAAAGAGUAAAACACGACCAUUCAGGAAGUAUGACCAUUCAGGAGAAAUCAUCAGUAUUCAGGAAGAAAACGCACACUAACCAUAAGGAAAGAGCAUCAGUCAGGGGGAACUUAGCCAGGUAUGGUAAAUGAUCGCGAUCCACUAAACAAGAACACAACCUUUGCUUGCCCUACUGAACGAAACUGGUCACUAACAUCUCACUUGUCCAAGAAAUCAAUAAACGAUUACAGCCAUAACAAAAAAAAACAGCAACAGACAAACAAACAACAAUCACAACAACAAUUACAAUCUCCCCCCUUUUUUUUUAAACUGUAUUUGUUUGUAUUGACCAUCUCGAUUUGAUAUUUGUUAAGUUGGCAAAAUGUGACCGAGCUCUAUGUACUAUAGGCCUGAACAUCAGUGCAAUAUUAUGUUUCCUGUGAAGGGAACUGGCGAAACAUUUGUCAGCGAGAUGAUGUCACUGUCGUCAGCUGGUGGCACUGUUGUCAGCAGCUGGUGGCACUGUUGGCAGCAGCUGAUGGCACUGUUGCCAGCAGCUGGUGGCACUGUUGUCAGCAGCUGGUGGCACUGUUGUCAGCAGCUGGUGGCACUGUUGCCAGCAGCUGGUGGCACUGUUGCCAGCAGCUGGUGGCACUGUUGUCAGCAGCUGGUGGCACUGUUGCCAGCAGCUGGUGGCACUGUUGUCAGCAGCUGGUGGCACUGUUGCCAGCAGCUGGUGGCACUGUUGCCAGCAGCUGGUGGCACUGUUGCCAGCAGCUGGUGGCACUGUUGUCAGCAGUUGGUGGCACUUGUUAGCUGGCUUGUCAUCUUUUGUCACUGCAGGUACUGCUACCAGCUGAUGCCGUUUGUUGUUAGUAGAUGUCACUAGCUCAGUGCAUUCCAAUGUUUUGAGUAGAGUGUUGUGACAAAUGUCAACACUGCUGCGGCAGCUGUCGAAGUUAUAACUGACAGCAAUAUAAAACGAGGUGUCAAUCACUGCAGCUCAUGUCUACAGCAGAAGCCGGUGCCCCCUGACAUUACCUGCUGCCCCUGAUAUCAAGUUGGGCCUCUGGCAUCAGCUGGUAUCCAUGAACAUGGCAGGUGCCCUAGACAUCCGCUGGUGUCCCCUGACAUCAGCUGGUGUCCCUGACAUCAGCUGGUGUCCCCUGACAUCAGCUGGUGUCCCUGACAUCAGCUGGUAUCCCUGGCAGCAGCUAGUAUCGCUGAUUUCACGUGACGUCUGUGCAACAGCUCCCUUCAACCUCAGAGCCCGGUGAUGUGGGGUCGGCGGUCAGAGAAAGCGGCGGGGGUCACACGUGAGCCUUCCCUGACUGUUGCUUAUCUGGGGGUCACACGUGAACCUUCCCUGACUGUUGCUCAUCUGGGGGGUCACACGUGAACCUUCCUUGACUGUCAAUCAGCGGGGGAUACCCCUUGGGCUUCUCCUGACUGUUGCUCAGAGGAGAGGUCACCCUUGGACCUCUAAUGACUGUCGAUCGGGAAGGGGUCACGCUUGGGCUUCCCCCCUGAGAGGCCACUCUUGAGAUUCGCCGGCUAUCCACACUCGCUCAUGUUAUAAAUAUUAUUUUGAUUACAUUAUUGUGAUGAAGCCAUGUUCUCUAAUGUCUUGUAGAUGAUAUGCCAAAGACUACUUAGAUAUGUUUCUUAGAUGUGUAAGAGAUGUCGCCUCAUAUUACUGUUAAUAAUCCCUUUUUUUCCCCCAAAGGGGAAACGCCGCAAAAUCAAAAGUAGUGUUUGUAUCUAGAGUUUGGUGGGCGGGGGUGGGGGGCUGCGACCCCUCCUCCCUCCCGGGUGGUGAUGUGGUGGUGGGCGCAGGUGGGUGCAGGUGGGCGUGUGUGGUUUUUCCAAACAUAAGCUUUAUUUAUUGCGUUAUUGAACCUUCUCCUCCUCUUUCCCUGAGACCUGGCCACCUGCCCCUACCCCUUAGGGGGGGAUGGGGGAGGGGGUUGUUGACUAAGUGGGCGACCCCCGCCCAAUCCUAACCCCUCCCAACCCCCACCCACCACCACCACCACCCCCUGGUCUCACCUCCCUCACCCCCAACCACCAAGUAAUUAUUUCUUCCUUAAUCAAAAACUUAAGGGCUGUGUAUAUCCCUUAUUUCUUGCUUCAAUUUCCUUUCUUUCUUGCUAAUGGCUAUGCUCACCAUUUAUCCUCCUUCCUGUUAGCCUUCUUUUCUUCAUUAUUUUAUUCCUUUCUCUCUCUCAUUCACUCUUUUCAAGUAUCUUUAUCUGUUAAAUAUUUUAUAUGGAUAUACGUAUUUCUUCUACUAAACUCGAUCUCUUAAUUAUUUAUUUGUAUUGUGUGCUGUAUCACAGCUUUUUAUUAUUAAAAGUCCAUUUGUGGUUUUUACUUCCAUCUUUCAUGGUGAUACUUUUCAUGGCUAUAUUUGUAUGUUUUCCUAACUGUAUUCUAUGUUUCUCAAGGCUGUAUCCUCUGUCUUCUUGCUGUCUUGCCAACAGGAAAUAAAGACUUUGUUUUUA